AUGCACCUCUGCGAGGGCAGUGGGCUGCUGACCAGGACGGGCCCUGAGGAGCAUCAGAGGCUGAAGAAGAAACAGAAGAACCGCGCAGCCGCCCAGCGCAGCCGGCAGAAGCACACGGACAAGGCGGACGCCCUGCACCAGCAGCACGAGACGCUGGAGAAACACAACCGCUUGCUGCAGAAGGAGAUCCAGGGCCUGCAGGCCGAGCUGCUGUGGUGGAGCCAGACCCUGCGUGCGCAUGAGCGGCUGUGCCUGAUGGACUGUGCCACCUGCUUGGAUCCGGUGCCCCCUGGCUGCUGGGGCCAGACUGAGCGGCCCCCAGACCCUAUGCCUGAUGGACAAUAUGGCUUCCAGGAACAGCCGGGCCUGUUCCAGACCCUGGCCUCUUCUCCCUUGGCUCACCAGCUCUCUCCAGAUCCGCAGCCUCAUGGUUCCUCCGGCCUCCAUCUGUCCCUCCUGCCCUCUCUGUCCCCUGGCUCCAUCGCGGUCGCUGUACCUCCUCCCCAACUGUCCCCCAGCCCUGUCCAGUCAGCCUCACCCACUGGCUCUAGCCUGCUGAGGCCUUCCUCCAAGUUCAACACCCUCCUGCCCAGCCCCCCAGCCCAACCUGCCCCUCUACAGCCCCUUGUGGCGGAGCACCCCACCAGCGGGAAGCUGGGGUCCUCACCUGACAGCCCCUCCCCUGCUCUGGGACUGGCCUGCCUGCAGGGUAGGGAGCACAGGCCUAUGUUAUCAGCAACAGAUCAGCAAGGACUGGGUGUGGAUCCUGGUCCCCACCCACUCUUGGCCUUCCCCCUGCUCGCCUCUGCUCAAGUUCACUUCUAACCCACCCCCUGGAGCUGGGCCAGCGGCUUCCUGGGGCUGAAGUAGCAGCCUCAGCACACAGGCACCUCCUCCAUUAUCACUGGACGUUGCCUCUCUUGGCCGACCCACCACUCUGCCAGGCCCUUUCACUGCCAUUGCCUUAUUUCAACAUCAUGGUCACUGCAAAAUCCAGAUUGUCACCCCGCUUUUUUAGAUAAGGAGACAGAGGCCAGAGAAGCCAUGUGACGUGCUCAAGGUCACAUGGCCUUUUUGGGGACCUGAAACGCCACCAUCUGCUCCUCCUUGUCUUGGUGGGAUCCUGGCCCAGGCACCGUGGGAGCUGAAGUCCUAGAAAGUGGGGGGCCGGU